AUGGGAGCCUCCGAGUCGAAACUUGUCUUCAAGCAAGGCAUCUUCCGCUUGUAUGAGGACCAAAACAUACCCGCGGACGAUCCUUUUUGGAUAAAGUUCUGGGAGCUACCUGAAUCUACCGAGGAUGUCUUUAGUCUAUUCACCCCAGCGGACAUACGCCGUGCUCGGGACUCAUCUUUACCCAACCUCGAAACGCUCCUCCUCGCUAUUUGCUCUCGCUUGAUCGUCCUAAAGAACCACCCUUCAUUCCCAGACCCCGAGUUCGCUCCAGACACCCAUGCUCUGAACUGCAUCCGCAUCCUGACGAGAGUCCUCCCUUUCAUAUAUGAAGCAGACCAUCUAGAGGCAUGGGAGGAACAAUUCUUCUGGGCGCCUCGCAAGAAAAAGACUCGCCAGGCCCAGGUUGCCGCCGAGGUACUAUUCGACGAAGCUCAAGCAGAAAAUGGCGAUGCACAAACUCGGCCCAGGGUCGACGAGCGCGAGGAUGCCAAACCUUUAGCGGAGGAGCUAAUAGAUACGCUUACAGACCUUCUUUUCUAUACGGGCUUUACUAUUCCAAAACUUUCCACGUCCGAAGGGAAAGUGUCGUAUGCGAUAUGGCAGAGCGGAGUUGGAUGCAAUACGGCAAUGGUCUCGACUAAGGAACAUGAGAAUAACCGUAUGGAGAUAUUGAGACUUUUGCUCACCUUGACCGGUAAAUCUAUGUACAUGUCUCCAGCCCUUCUUCCGGUUAAAGGAGUCAGAGCCAUCACAUACCUCGCCACGUGCCCUGAUAAGCAGAUUGUUCUGACACUCCUCUGUUCAUUAUUGAAUACAACUAUGAAAUAUAAUCCGGCUAUCUGGAGAGUGCCUUAUGAUCAUGUCGUCUGGAAAGACCCAAAGCAGAUACUGGUCAUUUACUGUCUACAACUACUGCUGGUUAUUCUUCUAUAUCCCAUCCCAGAAGAUGGACGUGGUGCGCCUCCUAAGAACUAUUACCGUCAUUACUUUGGACGAUUACACCGGCCACAGGACUUCCAAUUCCUUGUUGAAGGCAUGACCAGAAUCCUCAACCAGCCAAUGCAAGUAACGAGUUCAUAUCUUCCCGGGAGUCAGAAAUCCGUCAAAUGGGCCCCUGAGAUGCUUAUGUUGUUCUGGGAAGCGUUGCAAUGCAACAAGCGAUUUAGAGCUUUCAUCAUUGAAUCAAACAGGUCUCACGACUUUGUCAUCCUAUGCCUUUUCUAUGUCGCUGAGUAUCGGAAUGAUCCCUCAAAACAAGGAAUGGUGAAGAUGUGCAUAUUCAUUCUUCAGACUCUCAGCGUCGAAGAAAGCUUUGGCAAACGUCUGAAUAUGAAGUUUGAAGCCCAGGACACCUUACCGACGAGUAUACGCAUUGCUGGGUUCCGCGGUACUUAUGCUGAUUACUUGAUUAUUUCGAUACAUACUUUGAUGACCAGCAGUAAAGGAAAGCUCGAUGCAGUCUAUCCUGCACUCAUGGCUAUUCUUAAGAAUAUCGGGGCUUAUGUGGAACGAUUAUCCUCAACUGCUUGCUCGAAGAUUCUACAGCUCUUUGCUUCCAUGUCAUCUCCAAGCUUUCUGCUUGCGAACGAGUCGAAUAAUUACCUCCUUUCGGCUUUGCUUGAGUUUAUCAAUGUGGUUUUGGAGCACCAAUUUACAAGAAAUCCCUUCCUGGUCUAUGGUAUAUUAAAAACGAGAAAGAAAUUCGAAGCUCUACGUACUUUUACGCUAGAAAGUGGACAGCAAGAAAUAGAACGCCAGAACCAACUCAAGAAAGCGGCUUCCUCAAAUGACGGACUCACCGGAUCGGCAUCUCAGUCCAUAGAGGACUUACGAAGAUCCAGUGGUGCACGAUCUCCGUUGACUCAUAUUCCUGAGGAGAACAGUCCAUUUGCCAUCGGUGGCGACGACUCUGAUGACGAUGGUGAAAUACCAAUAACUCCAUCUCAAUCUUCUCCUUCUUUACGGACGUCACGCGCAGCUUCGAUAUCGUCUUCUCUUGAUGAUAGCGUGCCAUUGCAGGUUAGAGGAAUGUCUGAAAAGGCAAGAGGGAAGAUGCCGGCUGGUCAAAUGGGCUUUUCUCGACAGAACAGUUUGACCAGUCUAAGUAGUUAUUCUGUUACACUUCAUUCUACGCCAGCUUUGUUUACUCCAACAGCUGCAUGGAUUGAAUCCUGGGUUGUGGAACUCCCACUACACACAGUACUGACCAUCAUCUCGUCGAUUUUACCGCACAUACCCGAGCCCGCCCUACAAUCAUCUUCAAACCCCGAAGCAAGAACCCUAAUCAACAACCUCCCCACAUUCGCCGAAGAGCCCAACAUACGCGCUCUCCUCGCAGAUCCGUCUUCCAUCAAAGUCCACUCAUUCGAAUGGUCCGCACUCGCGUUGGGCUGGUACGAAUCACUUCUAUGGGGCUUCAUCUUCUCCAGCGAAAUGCUCGUCGGAUCCGCAAGCAACUCCACCCCAGGCUCAGUGGGUGUCUGGAAUGGAACAGGUAUCAAGCUAUUCAAGGUCCAGGAAACAGCUGCUCAGGGGCCGUCACUGCUCGCUCCAAAGGGAGCUGUUGAUGCCGUGGGCAGCAACCUCGUUAACAGGAUAGGUAACUUGAGGCUGCCGGGACGCAAUAGCAGCACUCAGGAUAAUCCGAAUCAUUCGCCGACGACUCGGGAGGUUUGA